AUGCAGCAUUUUAUACGGCAUCCGGAUGCCAACCGCCUAGACACGAAAAGCUUCAUCAACCGUCCCAUCCCUCGAUUGUUGCGGUACGAACUGCUCUUGAAGGGCAUAAUGGACGAGACUCCUGCUGUCUACGAUGAUCACGAAGGGAUCCCUCAAGCCUUGGAGGUCAUAAAGUCUUUGAGCAAGGAGACCGAGCCAGGGGGCUUGGACCUUCUGAAUGAAAACCGCUCUCUUAUUCACGCUGGCAAGCUGAGCCUGCUGCGACAGCUCGCCACCGGCUUCGAAUGGAACGGAUGGACUGAGCUUUUCGUCUUGCUGUUUGACAAUUACUUGGUCAUGACCAAGACCAAAGAAAAAGACGGCCUCACGAAAUAUAACGUUAACCGGAGACCCAUACCGCUCGACCUUCUGACUCUAGCCAGCUUCACAGAUCCCCCGACACAGCGCAGCACAAGCACUCUGCGUCUCGGCCUCGGUGGAGGAAACAGACAUGUGGAGGACAGACCCUCUCCAGGUGGCGGUACUUCCGACACUGCUAACGACUCAUGUCUUGUAUAUCCUUGCACCAUUCACUACAAUGGCAGGCUUGGCGGUUUGUAUACCCUCUUUACGGAGUCUCAGCAAGCGCGAGUGGAGUGGAAACAGAAACUGGACGAGGCCAUCGGCUUGCGCAAGGUUGUUCAAGAGUCAAACAAAGUCUUUGAGCUAGAGCUGCUCAGUACAGACACCUUCCUCGUGCCGUUCAUAUCUUCAGCUGCUGUACCAUCUUGGAACCACGAGAACUUCCUCACUGGCAAGGUUACUUGCUCUGUUCCAUUUACUACCGCUGAUGGUCGAGCAUUGGUGGCUUUUGGCUGUGCCGAAGGUCUAUGCGCCUGGGCGUUGCAUGUAAAGAUGGUGACACAGUGUGCAAUGAUUGAAGACUUCGGAAUGCUCCUCGUACUUGCAGACAAGGCUCUCUUUGCAUACCACAUUGAGGCUCUCGUUCCAUCGUCACCCCAGAGUGCUCAUACAUAUCAGACACUGCAGAGGGUUAAGAUGACCAAAGAUGUUCACUUCUUUAGCGUCGGCAACCAAGGCGGACGGGCGCUACUCGACAGCGUCUUCUGUGUUUUGAAACCGGUGGUGGAAAAAAUCAAUGAAAGGAGCAAGACACCCGCGUCGCUCACUUCUCGCUUUGGUAUACGGCCUGCGCGUUCAGAGCGGUUCCGACUGUACAUGGAGUUCUUCCUGCUCUCGGAAUCUUUCGACCUGGUCUUCCUCAAGGCAAAGAUCGCAAUUCUUUGCACCAAGGGCUUCGAAAUUAUGGACCUACCUGAUUUCAAGAGCGCCACCAUUCCUCUGCGUGAUGAAGGCGGCGAGAGACUCGCAAAACGCGGGGAAUCUUGCCGGCCAAUGGGGAUGUUCCGCGUGGAAAAUGAAUUCCUUUUGUGCUAUGGUGGUUAG